GACCCUGAUCCCGUCUUGUGGGUGGUGGUGUAUGUUGUGCCUUCCGUUUUGAGCCUGCUGCUGGCGAUCCGCCCCUUCCUGGCCGGUAACUUCAUGUGGAGGUUAGCUUGUUUUCUACAUUUUAUAACUUCCCUUGCGUUCUUUCUCUACCUGCUUGUUCAGUUUGCCAGAGUGAUGGACCCCCAACUUUAUGGAAUCAAUCCAGGGAAUUACGAAGAAGGCAGGGAACUAUGUGGUGUGUUUAUUAUCGUGGUUUGGCUGAGAAUAUGUAGAGAAGUUCCUAUUGAAAGUAUGGAGGGACCUUUCUUUCGGAACUUCAUACUUUUAACGUUCCUUAUCAUUUUCAGUAUCUUCCCGUUGUUACUUUGGACUCUGUGUUAUGUAGAGAACCUUCGAUCAUAUGUUGGACUAUGAGAAAAAUGUUUUGAUCUAAUCUUAUUUCGAACCAACACUCCAUUAUGGAUUGAGCUGGGAAAUGUUUAGAUACUAAUUUUGCUUUAUGAUAGUACAGCAUCAUGGACUGGGAUGAGAGAUGUUUACAGAGUGAUCUUACUAUAUAAUAGUACUCCAUGAUGGACUGUACUGGAAAUGUUUCGAGGGGUAAUCUUACU